GGAACAAAACAAGACAGCAUGCUUACGGAGUGUAAGCAGAAUACACUGUCUACGGAGGACAGUAGAGCCGGCGUGUAGGUGCAACCCAUGCACGGGUCCCGUGAAAACAUACAAACAGAUUUCCUCAAGAUGAACUGAGAGCAAAUGAGGGUUAUUUCAUGGAGACUGCAACCGAGACACUGCGCUGCCAUCGCAGGAAUCCUUGUGCUCGUUUCGUGUUUCGUAUGUCUGCAUCUCCUCGGGGAAGUUUCUCGCCUGGAGCACGCGAGGGAACGACUUGAAACUGCUGUUGCCAAACUCCAGAAUAACCAUGUAGGCGUGGGUCACCCCCGACACCUAGCGGCUGCAAAUGACCAGGUGGAACUGACAGGCACUGGACUUGAUGAUGGAGUCCUCAUCUACAACCGAAUCCCCAAAACAGGAAGUACUUCUUUCGCUGGAAUUGCCUAUGAUCUCUGUAAACGCAACAAGUUUCAUGUCCUUCACGUCAACACAACAAAGAACGCACACAUCCUGUCACUCUCAGAUCAGAUGAGGUUUGUACAGAACAUCACAGAGUGGGAGACGAUGAAGCCAGCGAUGUACCAUGGACACUUUGCCUAUAUUGAGUUUGGAAGAUUUUCAGCAAACAAGAGGCCGCUGUACAUCAACGUGAUACGAAAUCCACUCCACAGACUUGUAUCCUACUAUUACUUUGUUAGACAUGGUGAUGACUUUCGGCCAUAUUUGAAAAGGCGUAAAGCUGGAAAUAAUGAGACUUUCGACGAGUGUGUGGAGAAAGAAGGCAGUGACUGUGAUGCUGAACACCUUUGGCUGCAGAUUCCAUUUUUCUGUGGACAGGACGCUGAGUGUUGGAAUCCUGGUAGUCAGUGGGCUUUGGAGAAGGCCAAACUCAAUGUUAUACAGAAUUACCUAUUAGUCGGGGUCACUGAGGAGCUUGGAGAUUUCAUCGCAGUACUGGAGGCAGCCCUACCACGAUACUUUCGAGGAGCAAUCAAACUCUACAGUUUAGGGAGGAAGUCCCACCUACGACGUACAGCCAAUAAGAUUCUACCUAAGCAGUCAUCCACCGCCAAGGUCCGCCAGUCACAUAUAUGGCGUAUGGAGCAGGACUUCUAUAGUUUUGUGCUAGAACAAUUCCACUUUGUGAAACAAUCAACGUUUGAUGUGAUUAAUGGAGACUAUGUGGAAAAAGGAAACAAUUUUCAUUAUGAGAAAAUUCGACCAAGAUGAACUUUCUUAUUUUAUAGAAUCCAUGAUACCCAUUCCAGUUUAGGGAUAUUUUUGUCUCGCUUCCUGUUUGGAAGAAAAAGAAAUGAUUCAAAGUAUAACAGUAUUGUAUGUGAUGUAAAACUUUUGAUUUGGAGGAGUUGUCUUCAAUAUAAGUUCAUGUGUGAGAAUUGCGAUUUAUGUUAAAUGUUGUGUCAUCAAAUUCUGUGAGGUCAGUAGCUGUGAUGUCAUCAUGUUCUGUGUGGUCAUGUAGUGUAGCUGUGAUAUCAUCAUCAUUUUCUUUGUGGUCAUUGUAGCUGUGAUGUCAUCAUGUUCUGUAUGAUCACCAUAGCUGUGAUGUCAUAUCAUGUUCUGUGAUGUCAUCAUGUUCUGUGAGGUCAGUAGAUAUGUUAUGAGAGAAUGAGUGAGUGCUGUAAAUAUGUAUGCCAUAUUGUAACUCUAAUGCUAGUCAAUGUCAUUAAGUGUGAAGAUCACCAUUAUUGUUUGUAAUAUAACUGUUGUUCAGAGAUUAAUAACAUUUUUCACUCGAAUAUAUAACAAGAGACCCAAGGUCACCUGAGUUCUAAUAUAUUUCAAUCAAUUUUACCCAUUUUGGCCUGCCCAUCAGCCUCUGUGAUGUCAGUCAGGGUCAAUAUAUAUGUGUAUACCAUAUAACUGCCAUCCCAUACUGAUAAGUCUAACCAAGUAAGAAUAAAUUCCAGUAGAAAUUCAACAACAAUGAAUCAAAAAUGUGAUUUCCCUAUAAUAAAUACAGUAAAGUUUACCCCUCCACAGGGGCAAACAUGAGACCCCAGGGUCAUGAAAUUCACACUUUUGAUAAAGCUUCUUCCAGACCUUCCAUCCCUGAAGAGUAGUUGAUUCUACCUUAUUUUGGCCCUGCCCAUCAGCACCUGGAGGGUCAAUCAGGGCUAAAUUAUUAUCAAACAGCCGAUUCUAACCAAGUUUGGAUUAUGUCCUAUGGUCAUUCAAUACAUGAUGCCUAAAGAUGAGAUUUCCCUAUAUCAACUAUACCCCCUCCCAAGGGGCAAAUGUGAGAUUCCUGAGGGUCAUGAAAUUCAUAAUUUUGAUAAUGCACCUUAAGACCUUUCAUCUAUGAAGAGUGUAUUUGCUUGAUUCUGCCAUUCUGCUAUUCUAGACGUUGAAUUGGGACCAUAUAGUUCAGAAUUUUGGUUGACCUUUAGCCUUUGGAAGGUUUCUGCAAAUUUCAAUGAAAUUGGUUUAGGGGUUUCUGAAAAGAAGUCAAAAAUGUAGUUUGUUUACAGACAGAUGACGGGCAAAAGGUGAUCACAACAGAUCAUUUGAGACUUUGUCUCAGGUGACCUAAAAUAAACAUUAAUCUGAUGUAUCAGACAGACUGCCAUGGAUGCUACAUCUUGUACAUUCCACUUUUGGGGACAGGGUCAGUUUGUUUGGGACAUAUUUCUUUCUUUAUUUGUCUCUGACCACUUUUUCUAGAAGGAACAAGAAAUCCCAACUACAAUAAUUUCCUGUGUAUUGCCCGCGGGCUACACGAUUUACAACAUUAAAAAAAUGUCUUCUGCAGGCUAUCUGAUGUAGCAGGGCUAUCUGCCAAAUGUUUUCCAAGAAACAUAAAAGCUGCAGGUGAUGUUACUUGUUAAAUCCAUGUUAACUUUUUUUUUGUUUCCAUGGCGUACAUCAGGUGAUGACAUUGCUGUUUACAUCUGAAAUAUGAAUGAAACAUUCAGCUAUGUGUGGACAUAUCAAAGACAAUCCAAAGUUGAUCGAGAAUUUGGUUUAUUAACACUGUUAACGUGUCCAGGCAGUGUGGGUCUCUGAGAGCUAUAAACACAUACGGUGGGGGAUUCGCUUGAUAGUGAGAGCUUGUACUCCAUAACAUAGCUGAGAACCCAAGUAAUACACAGAAAAUGACGUCAGGUUCAGUUGGCUUUCACGUCAUACUGUGUGUGCGCCGUUUGCCAUGCCUUUGAUUAUUCUUAAUAUGUUGUUGAUAUUUGCUAGUCAAUAUUCUAACGAUAGUAGCCACAAAUUUAUCAACAAAUGUGCAUCAUAUUUCUUGAAUAUUUCAAAUUAUGUGGUUUCACAGUCUACCCCAUGUAAGUACAAAAUGUAAUACUAUUCUACUUUGUCAGGGUAACUAAGCUACCCGUCUCCAAAGGUGGUGUCAUACAGCUGGCGAGGACAGAAUGGCUACCACAUUGAUGCAGUGUAUCACCAUUUUGUUAGCAGUUCCCGGUGGUUAGACGGUAUAUGGACCAUGUAUGAUGGAAUAGGAGGGAAACAAUUAUUGGGAUUCAUGGCGAGAUAUUCCUCAUACCCAUUCUACAAUGUAAUGUGAUUUCUCAGGGUCAAAGAAAUCCAUGUUGUUUAUUUACUUUGUUGACAAUUGUUUAAUGGUUUGAUAUUGAUACAGUGUAUAAUAAUAAUUGUAAAUCUUAUUUCAUUUUUUUUUUUACUAACAUCCAAGAUGUUGUUUCAAAUGCGUGGACAAUUAUAAACUAGUCGAAUGGUAAAACAUGAGAACAGGUGGCAAUCUGUACUGGUUUUCUAACCAGGAAGGCGGACGGGGGGGUGGGGACAGAAUUUCAUUCCAAUGACAAAUUACCAAUGGAAUAAAAGUAAGGAAAACUGCGUGAGUUGUGAGGGAGGGGCAAAGAGUUUUGAGGGAGGGGCAAUGAGCUGUGAGGAA